UUCUCUCGUCCGCAGCGCCCUCCUAGUACAGGUCGUGGUCUUCUUCCUUCACCACCUGCUGGGCCUUCUUUUCCUGUUGCUCGUCGUCCCCGAUUCACAGUUGUCUGCCAAUACUGUGACAAGACCGGGCAUUCGGCAAAAACCUGCUUCAAGCUCAAUCCUCGUUCAUCUCAAGUCAACUUUACUACUGCUACGGGACCUCCUCGUCCCUCGUCCUCUUCUGAAGUUCCAUGGCUUGUUGACUCAGCUGCCACUCAUCACGUGACUCCGGAUCUUGGCACCCUAUCUCUUUACUCCGACUAUACUGGGCCUGACGAGGUUUUGGUUGGCGACGGAACAGGAUCUACGCACCGGAGCACGCCUUCUUCGAGGCCGGAAUAAAGGAGAUGUCUACGAGCUGCCGCGGGCCAACCACAAACUUAAACUUGCUCUUGUUUCCACCCAUCCUUCCCUGUCUUCCUGGCACUCCCGCCUCGGUCAUCCAUCCUCGAAAGUUCUCAAUCAACUUGUUCGUCAUCUUCCUGUUUCGUCCCAGUCUUCCUUUGACUUCUGUGAUGCUUGUCUGUCUAAUAAGGCUCAUAAAC